AUGCGACUGUUCAAAGCAUCUGUUUUCUUCAUCCCACUGUUCCUAGGGCCGACAGCCAACAGCUGUGCUCUUCCAAUCGAAAUCAGCGAGAAUAAUGUCUGCACUGUGACGGCAAACGGAAACCAAAAGGAUGACGUACCCAAUAUCCUAGAAGCGUUUCGAAAAUGUGGGAAUGGAGGAACAAUUGUCUUUCCUGAAGACCAGUCAUACUGGAUUGCCACGAGAUUGAACCCUGUCUUGAAUGAUGCAGUAGUCGAAUGGCGAGGGAAAUGGACAUUCUCUGAUAACCCGAGCUACUGGCGCAACAACUCAUAUCCGAUCGCUUUCCAAAACCACCAUGCAGGCUUCAUCAUCAGCGGACACAACAUCACAAUCGAUGGAUAUGGUACUGGUGGAAUCGAUGGCAACGGCAACACCUGGUAUACUGCAGAAAAGGGGGAUACUCAGCCCGGCAGACCGAUGCCAUUCGUUUUCUGGAACGUUUCCGAAGUCAAUGUCGAGAACUUCUUCGUCAAAGAUCCCCCGCUUUGGGCUCUCAAUAUCAUGAAUGGUACGAAUAUGCGGUUUAACAAUAUCUACUGCAAUGCUACUGCUGUGGAUGCACCGUACAGUGAGAAUUGGGUGCAAAAUACGGAUGGGUUUGAUACGAUGGAUGUUGACAACGUAAAACUCACGAAUCUGGUAUACCAAGGCGGAGACGACUGCGUUGCGAUCAAACCCCGAUCUUACAAUGUGGACAUUCACAACGUGACAUGCGUCGGUGGUAAUGGGAUUGCAGUUGGAAGUCUGGGGCAGUACGCAUCCGAGGAUUCCGGAGUAGCCAAUAUCUGGGUGGAUGAUGUGAAGAUAAUCCGAUACAACGAAGACAUGCAUAACAGUGCCUACAUCAAGACCUGGAUGGGUGGCCUUGUCUCCCAAGACUCAUACGAGAGUGCAGGAGUCCCUCAAGGCGGAGGCUGGGGUAGUAUCAGAAACGUGCUCUUUUCGAAUUUCGACAUCAAAGGCGCCAACUCAGGACCCUCCAUCACGCAAGAUAAUGGCGACAAUGGCACUUUCUCCGGAACCAGUCUCAUGGCUAUCUCUAACGUCGCAUUUGUGAAUUUCACGGGCUACACCAACGGCGAUAAGGCUGUCAUAGCUUCAGUUUCCUGUUCCAAGGUCCACCCUUGCUAUAACGUUGACUUUGACAAUGUUGUUUUGUACCCGGGGAAGAAUUCAACAACUCCAGGGACUGGAUCUUGCAAAUACACUGCAGAUGGAGGUGUUCAUGGACUUGAUGGAUGUUAG